AGAAAAGAAAGAAAUAAAAGAAAAAGAAAGAAAGAAAAGAGGUGACAUCCCGGGAAGUGCGCCCCCAGGGUGAUCCCUGCAGCUCACUUGUGCCCGGGAAACUGCCUCUUUUCGGGGGUCGUGAUGGGCAGCAAGAUGGCGUCUGCCACUAGGGUCGUUCAGGUAGUCAAACCACACACUCCAUUAAUAAGAUUUCCUGACAGAAGAGACAAUACUAAACCCAAUGUAUCAGAAGCUUUGAGAUCAGCAGUGCUACCACCUCACUCUUCUGUAAUUUCACAACACUCUGAGGGAAGUAAAUCACCAAAUUUGCUGAUGUAUCAGGGUCCACCAGAUACUGCAGAAAUAAUAAAAACAUUACCUCAGAAAUACAGAAGGAAACUUGUAUCUCAAGAAGAAAUUGAAUUUAUCCAACGUGGAGGUGCUGAAUAACCAUGGUGGCUGCUGUUUGUCAUCAGAAAUAGAAUUAUCUUUACAAUAAAGGACUUCCAAAAUGACAGAUGAGAAACUGUAUAUUAAACAUCUUUAAUAAAUACUAUGAA